CAUGUCAUGCGCCACGCCAUUGCCGACGCCGACCAAUAAGAUCGAGAGUUGAGGCUGCUGUCAGUUGGACUUCCUGGUGUAGUUUGUUUGCCUGCAUUGAUCAUGGCUGCGGAGGGCGAUUUUCUGGCGAGAUACCGAGCUGUGUCAAAUAAACUGAAAAAGCGUUUUCUUCGGAAGCCCAAUGUGGCGGAGGCAAGUGAGCAAUUUGGUCAGCUGGCAAAGGAGCUGAAGCAGCAGGACUGCCUUCAGUAUGCUGCCUUCUGUAACCUGGCCAUGGCUCGGUGUGAGCAGACUCUCUUUAAUGCUCCUGGAGAGGCACUGGCAUUAACUGACGCUGCUCGCCUCUUCCUCUCAUCUGAGAAGGAGAACAGGGCACUGCAGGCUCCAGGCUUUGAUGAACACCUCCAGGCUGCACUCAACUGCUACAGCUUCGCCAUUAAGGUGUAUAUUGAGAUGAACCAGCCUGUGAUGGCAGCCAGCCUGUGUUUGGAACUUGGCAACGCGCUCAAGGAGAUGAAUAGACCAGGAGAGGCUAUUGUUCAUUAUCAGAGGGCUGCAGAGUUACAGACGCAAACACCCAUCGAAGCUUUGCUGUCGAUGGGAGAAAUGGCCACGUGUAAAAUCCUCACCCGUGAUUAUGACGGUGCUUUGUCAGUGUUCACAGAGAUGCAGCUGAUCUGUCAGGAGAAAGGACUGCAGCUACCAGGCUCCAUCACCCCUGUUGGUGCCUUUUUGGACAUUGUGGCAAAAUGUGAGAUAUCCAGGGUGCUUCUGCUCAUGUUGCUUGAGCCUCCACCUCAGAAGUUGUUACCAGAACACGCCCAGACCCUGGAGAGAUACGCGUGGGAGUCCUUUGAUCCUCACAGCCAAUUGACCUUCCUGCCUGAGAAUGUUUUCCUGCUCCUGCAGUCCGUAGUGAUGGCGUGUCAGGAGAAAGACACAGAGUCUCUAAAGUCUCUUCAGACUGAGUUAUGGCCGUUUCUGACAGCUGAGCAGAACCAUCUUCUCCACCUGGUGGUUCAGGAGCGCAUCACACCGUCUGGUCAAGGCAUUUAAUACAGUCCAGUUUUUAUUCGCUUCCUCUGGGAACGAUACUUUAUAUAAUGGAACAUUCCUGUUUCUGAAUGGGUCUGUUGUAAGGCCCAAAGAAGGGUUGUUUUCAAAACUCCAGUGUUGUAACUUGGUGCUUAUUCAGUCACGUAGGUUUGGAAAUCAAACUGCACUAUCUUUAUGUUGUCCUCAGAUGUGCAGAUUGCUGUUGCUAGGAAUCCUUAGCUAAAAAUGUUGUGUGUUUGUAUCUGAGUGGAGACUAUCAAACUGGACUACCACAUAUGUAUUAUGGAAAAGUGACUUGUAGACUUGUGACUUCAAAUGUAGAAGAACUUAUUGUGUUUACAGCUGGUUAGUAGAUUAAACACGAAUACUUUGUGUUAUCAUUUUUAUUAAUAAAUGACAUAACAUGGCUUAAAUUCCAAUAUAACAAAAUCUUCUGCAUAGUUCUGUAAUAUGGUGCAAUGACACCUCUGUCCUCCAUCCCUGGGUCACUUAAUUUUCACUUGUACAAA